UUCUACCAGUCGCUACUAAUAUCUAGAAUUUUCGAUUUUGAUUUAUAUAAAUGUGAGCGGGAGCAAGAAAGGUAGUUCAGUGUUUAGUUUUUCACAUUGUCAGUGUGCCUAAAAUCUAGUGCUCUACGAACGGUAUUUAAGCUGAAGAUACUGCUUACCGUUCUCGCUAACUUGCUAACGUGAACUAGUUUGGAAGUUGGAAUAUUGUCACUGGACAUAGUGUUGGACUUCAGAAAUUGGUUGUUUGUGAACCUCGUGAGUGAGUCUGUCAAACUUGAAGCCAAAGUCAUCUGAGGGACACCCUUUGCCCUCGUCCAACUAACAAUGGGUAAAGACUACUACAAGACUUUGGGCAUCGACCGCAAUGCCACUGAGGACCAAAUCAAGAAGGCCUACCGGAAGAUGGCCCUCAAGUACCACCCGGAUAAAAACAAGAGCAAGGGUGCCGAGGACAAGUUCAAGGAGAUCUCAGAGGCCUACGAGGUCUUGAGCGACAAGGAGAAGCGCAGCAUCUUUGACAAGUACGGCGAGGAGGGGCUGAAGGGGGGUGGAGGCCCCGCCCCUGGUUCAGGCUCCUUCAAGUCCUGGACCUACCACGGCGACCCCAAUGCCACCUUCCAGAGCUUCUUCGGGGGCCAGGACCCCUUCAAGAUCUUCAUGAACUUUGGUGGGCAAGGGGGUAGUGGCCACCACCGCACCGUCUUCUCGACGGGUGGUGACCCCAUGGAGAUCGACGAUGACUUCGGCUUCCCGGGCUUCGGCAUGUCAGGUAUGACCGGCAUGCCGCAGAGGGGGGCCAAGCGCCAGGACCCAUCCGUCCAUCAUGAUCUCAGAGUGUCACUGGAGGACAUUAACACCGGCUGCGUCAAGAAGAUGAAGAUCUCCCGGCAGGUGCUGAACCCGGAUGGCCGCAGCACCAAACUGGAAGAGAAAGUACUGGAGAUCAACGUCAAGCCUGGCUGGAAAGCGGGAACCAAAAUCACAUUUCCCAAAGAGGGAGACCAGUACCCAGACCGGAUCCCCGCAGACAUUGUGUUCACAUUAAAGGACAAACCCCAUCAGUAUUUCAAGCGGGACGGCAGUAACUUACACUACAAAGCAAAGAUAUCACUCAAAGAGGCCCUGACCGGAACCACUUUGCGGGUGCCCUCCAUCAAAGGCGGCACGAUAUCUUUGCCCUGCAGGGAAAUCAUCAAGCCCAGCUCCGUCAAGCGAGUGAGCGGGGAGGGUCUGCCCUACCCCAAGCAGCCCUCCAAGAGAGGUGACAUGCACGUCAGCUUCGAUGUUGCCUUCCCCGAGUACCUCAAUAGUUCUACCAAAGAGGUUCUAGCCGACUGCCUACCCUGAGAAAGGCAGACAGACGCAUUGAAGCUGUACAAAAGAAGGGCUGUGCCAGCUCUGUGUUCAUUUAAUUGAGGGAAGACUUAUUUAAUUACCAACGUUUACUUUGCCAGUCAGCAGACAAACCGCAAAUAUGCUCAAUUUUAUGUGAGACUUUUGUGUAUUAUCAUACCACGUUCGCAUGGUGCUGUUCUUAGUCGUUAGGAAAUCCCUUGGAAAAUUUCAGGCGGGAAUUUAAAGACAAAACUGCCACAUUGACCGAGGAGGAGUUUAUUUUUAUUUUGUUCACAAUGGACUUCAAAAGCAGAUUAACUUAUUGCCAGUGUCAUAGCAUCCCCGGAGCCGCGUGUGAACACACUCAAGAUAACAUGAAGAUGUUUUUUUCAAUAUUUGUGGUAUUAGCAAAGCACCUAAGUACGUUGGUAGUCCAUGCCAGACUUCAGCCUUGAAGACUGUCAACAUGCACAACUGUUUUGUUUCCUUUCAGUUUUGUAUCAUCAUAUUGUACAUAAAUUUUGUAAUGGUCGGAGCACAUUUCAAGAGAUUUUAUUUUUCGUGGCUGGGCAUCAGAAUCACCCUUCCUGAAGGCUUCUGUCUGCAGUUUGGGCCUUGAAAAAACACCACUCUUGCUUGUUGUAUGAUCUGCAUUGUAGACACAGUAGAUUACUUUUUGUCUUUGAACGACUUACAUGUAGUUUGUUUUGGGUUUUUUUGAGAGUUGUCUCAAAAGGUACUCUCAAAGGGAAAAAAAAUCAGUUGUUCGACAAUGCAGGCAAACAGGAAGACAAAGUGUUGUUUUUUUUUUAAUUUUGGUCCUCAAGGAAGAAGACUAGUUUUGCAAUAUAUUUAUUGAGCGUAUUCAUGCAUAUUUUAUCAGGCAAGUUGUCUGACAUUUCACACUGUGGCAAUUUAAAAAAAAAGGGCUGGGAAAUUGUUUGUUCCAGUUCUAUCCUUAUUUGUCUGUCAAGAUUUCAGCCGAGAUUCAUUAUGUCAGAAUUACAGUGUUCUUCAUGCUUCAGGGGGUUUUCCAAAGGUUUAUACGUCACUUGAAUUGAAAUGUUGUCUUUCGUGUGGUGUUAUAUGUGAGAAAUGAUUUGUUUUAAAAGUUUUACUGUUUUUCAUAAAAAUUAAGGCUAGUGCACAGCCAGAUAUGUUUGAAUGACCCUGAACAAAACACAUCUGCUACAUCAUAGAAUGUAUAUGUUCGUGUUGCUGUUUUCUUUAAAUUCUUAUGUGAUUGUAUUGAGUACUCUUAAAGUCACCUGAUGUAAUUCUGUGAGGAAAAGAGAGACUAUGGUUGCCAGACUAGAACUUGUGUUUUCCCUCAUAAAAGAACUGAGUUUUAGUUUCUAGCAUUUCUUUCUCGAAAUCAAACAAUUUGCUCGGGGAGGACGGUUAAACGGGCGUGUUCGUGAUGGAUGUACACGCGCACAGUAUGUAUUCAUGAUUUUGAGUUGCCCCUGGGUGCCUGGCAUUCACCACACGAUCGUUCUGCUGUCGUAUACAGACAUGUAGAAACACUCGUGUCACUGUCAGCAAUGAGGAAAAAGUGCAAGCACAGAAUAAGAAUGAUUUCGUCUGGAAAAUUUGGCUGUGCCUCCGUAGCAGGUCAAGGUAAACCUAUUACUAUGUGCAGGCAUCAACACUGUGUUUUUUUUUGGGGGGGGGGAGUACCCAUUGGUGUCUGCGGUCUCCCAAUAAUGGUAUGCCAGUGCUUGUGUGUCGAGUCUUUUAUGGUAGUACUGAAGAAAACUUGAGGAAUGUCAGCUAUCGUUUUAGUAUAAUUUAUAAAAUCUGAAAUCUGUAUUAGAUGAUUGAUAGACCUUUGUAUUGAGAUGAAUGGGGUCCCACGAGCACAUUGCCAAGGAAGUUUGUAUCAUAAUGUGUACAUUUGUUCAUAGAGAGAUUUAUGGAAUUAAAGUUUGCCCUUUUGGUGUAGCAAUAUUAAAAGGACAGUUUAGGGUAUUAAUUUAAAAUUACACGUAUGCAUUGAAGGAGCUGCUUUGUCGUCAGUACCUUUUGUAAACUACAUGUCGCUCGUGGUUGUGAAUUGAUGAAUGAAAGCUCUGUUGAACUUACUUUCAUACCAAAAACACCAAGCAAACCCGAAAGAUUCUGAAGCGAGUUUUUGGUGGUAUACUGUUCGCCUGCGUGAUGUUACAUUACAUAAAGUAAAUUGAUUGUUAGGACAGAUUUCCUGUUUGGCUGCUCUACGGCUUUUAGGAAUUCAAAAAUAGUGUUAAAAGGGUCGACAGUGAGAAGAAUAUUUGGAGUGUUGGUGAGUCAUGGUUGUACCAUUCUGUGCAGUGGUGGACGUGAUUGGUGGCCGACGCCAAGAUACUGUAAUCCACGUGAGGAUUUGUUGGUGUGUCAAGGAAAUUGUGUCCGGAAAGGACUUACGGAGGCUGGGCAGGCAGAAAUUAAUGAAUACGUACUUUAGCAACGCUGUAGAAACCAUGGUGAAAAUGGGUCCUUGGCCGUCGAUGAACCUGAUGUGUGCAGAAAUGCACGCAUACAGCCAGGCGUUCAUCGGAUGUCGUCACCCUUGUACGUUUACGCUAGACCUUCAGUGAAGGGGAGGAAAAACUUCGCGGUUUUCCCAUUUUUUUGUAUGAACACGGCAGCACAUUCAUGGGACAUAAUUGUGAGAGAUAUUAACUUGUCACUGGAUGUAAAUCCCCAAAGGGGAAAUACACUAUAUCAUGGAGAAGUUCAACCGUUUUCAAUUUCUCGAUCCGUCUGCGCAUUUGUACUUUCUUGAAUAGAGGGUUUGCAUGACUGCCAUCUUGCAGGCCAGUGCUUUUGUUCCACAGGGUGUGCACAAAGGUAGUUUCGCUGUGGAACAAGAGUACUACCCUGCAAGACGGCUACCACGCAAAGCCUGUGCAGAUGGAAAGGUCAACUCAUCAUGAAGACUGGACCACUUUUUAAAUUAGAAUUCCUUUUUACUAGCGAGGCUUAUUGUCAUGGUUAAA